UAUCCUUUACCGAAGUACUGUGUGCAUUGCAAUGAUCAGAGUCAGACUGGAGUUAAAAAUCUACCAUCAGUAUCUGAAUAAGCAGGAAUUAUAGAAAUAGCGAAUCUCAUCUGCAAGCAGAUAAUAAUACCUUCAUUCAGAAUUUUCAAUUUGAAGGAGAUCAUUGAUAUCAUGGAUGGUGUUACAGAGGCCCUGCGGAAGCUGCAAGUUGACUCUGACAGUUCUACUACUAAUGGAUGUCUAGACUGUUUGCUCCAGGCACUGCAAGAAGAUGCUCUUGGUGCUACUACAGAGAUGGUAAAGAAUGGUGGUGUCAAAUGUCUUCAAGAUAUUCUAUCAAGAUCGGAGUCAGCAGCACCGAAUCUUCUUGCCAAUGCUGCUAAGAUUGUAGCAGAAAUGGCCAAGCAUGAGGAGAUCAGAGAGCCAUUUGUGGAGGGUAACAUCAUUCCACCCCUCUGCUCCUGCUUGCUAAGGAAGAACUAUGAUGUAGUGGUACAGGCUUGUAGAGCGCUUGGAAACCUUUGUUGUGAUUGUGAGAAGGCUCGGGAAGCUCUGUUCCAAGGAGGAGGUCUUGACAAUCUGAUAAAACUCCUUGAGGAAAGACUAUCAGACCUUGAAGACAAUGAUGACAACCAGGCUCUAUGGAAUGCUGCAUGUGGAUGCUUAAUGAAUGUCACCUAUGAUAGAUCGGAUAUCCAGAAGGCUGCGGUAUCUCUAGGAGCCAUUGAUCUCUUGAUUACACUGCUGAAGAGAAACGAAUCUGACAUAGGUCUGUGUGGUACAGCUGUCAUGUGCUUUGGUAAUCUGGCAGAACCAGCUGAUACGCGACCGGCCUUUGUAGGUACAGAGGCAGCGAAGUGCAUGGUACACGCCCUGGAGAAGGUGUCUGGUGAUGACCAGCUGGAGGGUAUACUGGAAAUCAUUGCUUCGCUCAUAGAAAAUGAUGAUAUGAAACUUGAGUUUGCGAAGGCUGGAAUCUUAGACACACUGUUGGAUAUGUUGACUGCUCGUACUGCAUCCUGGACGUCACAGAGCACACCUAAGAUAGAGGAGUUCGAUGCAGUAAGGGUUUCCAUUGACCUACUGGUAUUACUACUCACUGGAGAUGAGUGCAUGGCGUAUAUAUUCCAGGAAGGAGAGGGUUUAUUCUUUAGGAAUGUCAUGGAUACAUGGAUGGCAUCUCAAGUAGAAUACUUCCGCAUAUCUGCUGCCCUCGCUAUAGGAAACUUUGCUCGUAAUGAUCAUAACUGCAUUAAGCUUGUCUCGAGUGGCAUUGUUCCCCAGCUACUCAGACUUCUCAAGCCAUAUGAAGGGAAGGAGGUAGACACAAGGUUGACACAUGCUGUACUCAGUGCUCUUAGAAACCUUGCUAUUCCAAAGGUGAACAAGUCUAUAAUGUUGAGCUGUAACACACUAGAUGAGAUUCUGCCUUUGCUUCAGUCUGAGAUGCUCUUUGUGCAAUUCAAACUUCUUGGGACUGCAAGGAUGCUGGUCGAUAGCAUGGCUGAGACAGCAGUUGAUCUAGGUCAGAGGUCAGAGUUCAUUCAAAGGGUCGUAGAGCUUUGUGCCUGUGAAAUACAUCCUGGGGUCAGUGGAGAGGCAACAAGACUUCUGGCAUCAUUGAUCAAGCAUUCUGGCUCCACCAAAGUGAUGGAAACCAUCGUCCAGCAUGGAGGUUUACCUUGUCUGGUUGGCAUGGCAACGUCAGAACAUCCGCUGAUGCAGAACGAGGCUCUGGUUGCUCUAACGCUGAUAGCUGCAUCCCAUCUGGAAUCGGCUGAAUCGACAUUACUGGAAUCUAAAUUGUUGUCUACAAUCAAAACCAUACUGCAAGAGACGGCUUACCCUGUGGAGGUCCAGUGUAACGUCCUCACAUUGGCUGGCUUUCUUACACAGUCAGCUUCUCUGAAGCAAGCCAUGGUUGAACAGCAGCUACCGGAGACGAUUGAGACACUGAAGCGCAGCAAGGAAGAGCCUCUGAGAGCCAAAGCAGCAAGCAUCAGCCAGCACUUCACUUGAACAAAGCUCCAACUCAAUUACACAGAUCAUGUACUUAUACAGGCUUUGGCCAUGCCAGCGAUGUUGAUUGGAUUCCAGGUCAAAGGUCAGAUGCAUCACAUUGCCAUGGCAAUGAUAUUGAGAAAUGUGGUACUAUUUAUAAGAAAGGGAAAGGACGUUGUCCGUCGGUUUAGCCCUUGUAUGUGCAAUAGUAACUGAUGUCAAC